UGCCAGUGAAUACGGUAGUUUACUUGAAUUUUCGAGGGUUAAUCAUAGACGAGAAGCUACUAGGGGUUGGAAAGAUGAAACAUGCAUACGCAGCUACUGCAUCCGUCGCUGCUGAAUGUAUCAUUAAUGGAAUGAAGAAGAAGAACAAUAGCACUUUCAGUAAUAGUCUCUUAUCCUUUUCCAACAAAAACAGAAACUUAUGUGUUUGUCCUUCUUGUUCUGGUUCUGGUUCUGAUUCUGAUUCUGAUUCUAGUACCUUUCAUCAAGCGAGUAGCCCUAACAUUGUGGCAUUAGAGUAUGCCGACCUCCAAAUCACUAAUACUCUCAGUGUCGGACGAGUGGGUCAUGUCCGAAUCAGGCAGCAUGUCAACCCUCUCACUGCAGCUCUUUCCGCCCCUGUAGAGGUACCUGACUGGAAUCAAAUCUUCCCAGACUCCACCCUUCCGCUGAUGGUUGAUAUUGGAUGCGGUAGUGGCAGGUUUCUACUUUGCCUCGCCAAGAAAUCUCCACAGACAAAUAAUUAUCUUGGAUUGGAAAUACGGCAGAAGUUGGUUGAUCGGGAACAAUUAUGGGUGAAAGAACUAAGUCUCAGUAACAUAUACUUCAUGUUUGCAAACGCGACGGUAUGCUUCGACCAAAUUGUGUCUACUUACCCUGGACCGUUAACGUUUGUUUCAAUACUGUGUCCUGACCCACAUUUCAAGAACCGGAAUCGUAAAAGAAGAGUUCUGCAGAAGAUCCUAGUGGAGUCAAUUAUAAAGAACUUGAGACCUGGAGGAAAGAUCUUUAUACAGUCAGAUGUUCAGGAUGUGGCCCUUGACAUGAGGAAUCAGUUUGAUGCUCAGUCGGAUGAACUCCAACAUGUCGAUUAUGAUGAUGCCGUGGACCAACAAAAGAAAAUGUGUGAUGGGGAGGGGUGGCUCUUGAGGAACCCAAUGGGAAUUAGAACAGAAAGAGAGAUACAUGCAGAGUGUGAAGGUGCAAAAAUUUAUAGGAGAAUGUAUCAGAAGAAAUGAUGAAGCAAUGCAGUAGAUAGAUGGAGCGGAUUGGUAUUAUGUCAGCUUACUGCACAUAAAUUAAGGAUGAUGAUGACUCCUACAUAAAUCUAGGCUCUUUACAUUAGUUCUCUAGGAGGCUGGAGGGGGAUUCUUUCAGAAUUUGACAAAGAUGUUAUUUCAAUCAUAGAGUUCAGUUGAGAUACUUCUUCCUGUUUGUCAUGUUAUUAUUUUCUUUAAUUACAUCCACUUGCUUGUUUCUAAUCGUUCCGCUCUUUUGAAAAAAAAAAGUCAGAAUCGGAUUCUCAAUGACUGC